CAUGUUACUUCACUUAUUUUUAUACUUCUUAUAUUUAUUUUCUGACUUUUGAGUUUUAUAUGUUAUGAACUCUCAUUUAUUAAACCCUUAGUUAGCCAUGGACAUUCAGCAUGUUUUAUUUGUUUAGUAUAUUGUUUUAUUGGACAGUUUAUAUUAUAUAAUGACCUGAACUGUUGAAUUUACAUUCAGACAAACAUCAGACGCAGCUGGAAUCAAGUUUCACUUUGAAAAACAUUCUCAUCUAAAGGUCCACUUACUCUGUAUGUCCAAAGCUUUCAGUCACAUCUCAUGGUCUUCCUCAGUGAUGGAGGGUCUCAGUUGUCAUGGAGAUGGUUUAAGUUUGAAUGGUUUCAGUAAAGUAGUUAAUAAAUCAACAGAUGAUAAACUGCAGCUGUAUUGUGUCUCGUUCUCUCCAUCAGAUGCCUGUGAACUGGAACUGGAUCCAAACACAAUGAACAGAAAACUCAAACUGUCUGAUAACAACAGGAAGGUGACACAUGUGGAGCAUCAGUCAUAUCCUGAUCAUCCAGACAGAUUUGACCCCUUACCUCAGCUGCUGUGUAGAAAUGUUCUGACUGGUCGAUGUUACUGGGAGGUCGAGUGGAGAGGAGACGUUAAUAUAUCAGUGAGUUACAGAAGAAUCAGAAGGAAAGGAGGCAGUGAUGACUGUUUGUUUGGAGAGAAUGAUCAGUCCUGGAGUCUGAGGUGCUCUGAUGGUGGUUACUAUGUCUGUCACAAUAGCAACUAUACACCCAUCUCCUCCUCCUCCUCCUCCUCCUCCUCCUCCUCCUCCUCCUCCUCCUCCUCCUCCUCCUCCUCCUCCUCCUCUGUCUCUAACAGAGUAGCAGUGUAUGUGGACUGUCCUGCUGGCACUCUGUCCUUCUACAGAGUCUCCUCUGACUCACUGAUCCACCUCCACACCUUCAACACCACAUUCACUGAUCCUCUGUGUGCUGGGUUUAUGUUCUACUACUAUGGUUCCUCAGUGUCUCUGUAGGAGGAGCAGAGAGGAGUAAAGAGGAGUAAAGAAGAGCAGAGAGGAGUAAAGAGGAGUAGAGAGGAGCAGUGAGGAGUAAAGAGGAGCAGAGAGGAGCAGAGAGGAGUAAAGAGGAGCAGAGAGGAGCAGAGAGGAGUAAAGAGGAGCAGUGAGGAGCAGAGAGGAGCAGCAGCAUCACACUGACCCUUAAUGAGACACAGAUGGUUAAACAGAGCUGCAGUACCUCUUCACACCAGCAGGGUGGGUUUGGAUAUAAUGAUCAGUCCUGGAGUCUGAGCUGCUCUGAUGAUGAUGGUUACUCUGCACUGUGAAGCAGAUCUGUGUCUCAGACUCAAACACUCAGUUAUUUUUCCUUCUACAUGAUUCAUUGAUUAGUCUCAGUUGACUCUGCUGUUGUUACUGUCAGGAUCCAAUGAGCAGCAUGCAGCUCUAUUCAUGUUUAAUCUAAUAACAUCUGUCCAGCUGUGGAAGCCCACAGUGUUUUUGUGCUUGUAUUUUAU